UAGAGGCAAAUCACCAAGGGCUUCUGCAGUCCAUGCUGGCAAGAUAAGCAAUUCAUGCAGGAUUCAGGGGUUUCUCUGGAUAAUAAAGCAUGGUCUGGGGACAAGCACAACACACACUGAUCAUAUCCAUCCUCUAUCGGCAUCGAAAUGUCAUACUCCAAACAAUUUUGGGAUGUAUGGGCUUCCAUACUUCUGCCGAAGCAAGGGGGCGGGGCCACAUGCUAACCCAGAAACAAUUACUAUCAGAUCAGAAAAUCAUCACAGCUGAGUCUGGACAGAACGUCAUGCUGCCGUGUCGAGCUCCAAAUGAGAACAAAAACAACACAGUAGUAGAGUGGAGCAGACCUGAUCUAAAUCAAACAUAUGUCCUUUUGCACCGGGGUGAGCACUUUGAUCCAGCCAGCCAGCAUCCACCUUUUAAGAACCGGGUGGAGCUGCAGGACAGACAGAUGAAGGAUGGAGACGUGUCUCUGAUUCUGAAGGAUGUGACAACUGCUGAUAGUGGAACAUACGAGUGUCGCAUCGGGAAGAGAAGCAGAGGUAUUCUCGAAGGUGUCCCCAUCAGCAUCAUUAACCUGAGUGUUGUUCCUCCAGGAAGCGUCAGCAUGGGAGAGAAGAUAACUGCACCAUUUAGACUCAUCAUCACUCUUUCAGUUUUUGCUGUGCUUCAUGUUGGUGGGUUUUGACCUACAGAAACAUGAAGACAAACAGACUCACCUGAAACAGCAUGUCUGAAAUUUCUCUGAUGUUUUUGUUUCUUUGUUGUUGUUGUUGUUUUUUUAACACUAUGAAUGUCCAGCUUAACGUUCAUUACUCUGUGUUUUGUGACAAACUUUAAGGUAACCUGUAUGUCACAUUUUGUUUUUACUGAGUACUAAGAACAACAGUUAAUCAAACUGAAUAAUGCUGUGAGAAGUAUUGUUUUUUCCGAAUGUUUUAUCUGACAUUUGCUUUGUUCUGAAGGCCAGGGCCUGGUUUCAUCCUG